AUGUUUCAUGCGCACCGGGCUCGAAAAUACAGCCGAGAAACAGAAACACAGACGCCAACAUCUGGACACACACACACACCAUGAAAGCGCGUCGGAACAUCUGAGGACACAUCAGUCUGCGUGUGUCACAGAAAUAAGAAUGGAGUUCCCAGACCAUAGCCGGCAGUUACUGCAGUGCCUGAGUCAGCAGAGGCAUCAAGGUUUCCUCUGUGACUGCACUGUCCUCGUUGGAGAGGCUCGAUUCAGAGCGCACCGGGCCGUUCUGGCCUCCUGCAGUAUGUACUUCCACCUCUUCUACAGGGAUCAGCUGGACAAAAGGGACGUUGUGCAUCUGAACAGUGACAUUGUGACAGCCCCAGCUUUCGGCUUGCUUCUUGAAUUUAUGUAUGAGGGCAAACUGGAAUUCAGCUCAUUGCCCGUCGAGGACAUCUUGGCCGCCGCCAGCUACCUGCACAUGUACGACAUUGUGAAAGUGUGCAAAGGAAAGUUAAAGGACAAGGACAUGAGCUUCCUGGAUGAGAAGAUCGGAGACGGGAUGGUCACGAGCUGUUUGGAUAAGGAAAACUGUGCUGAAGCACGCCGGCAUGCGCCACAGGCCCCCCAGAGAGCCGCCACGGCAGAUGACCGUGACAUGGACAACGGCAACGUGAGCCCUGCUGUCACAGAUCGUGAUAGGCCCAUGCCGGCCGGGCAGAAGGCGAACAGUCACCCUGGCGGGUCACCGGACCUUGUAGGUGUCAAUUAUGUGUCAGCAGAGGACGACCCUUGUGUCCAAACAGCUGGAAAAACAAAAGCUGAUGUCAGGAGUUCAGCCACCGGCGUGUCCCAGAGGACAGCUGAUGACAUGGACUGUGCUCUGGAUUUGUCUUUCAAGCCUCUGUUGAGCCGAGAUGCCUUCCACCCCUCCUUCGUCUCGGGACAGCUGGCCCUCGACAGCCAGCAGCAGGCCACGGAGCCACUUGUUAAAGACGAACAUGACUUUCUGUCAGAGCAGGAGGACGGUGAGCCCGUGAGCCCCGAGAGCCAGCGCUUUGGGAAUAGCGCCAGGAACUCAGUAGUGACAGGGUUCACUGCCCUCUUCCCCGGCAACAACGGCCCGACCGUGGACGACGACCUGAUGGAGGGGGAGGGCCGGAGGGAGGAGGGGCCGGGGGGAGGCCGGUUGCUCGGAGACAGCGAGGGGGAAGACGAAGAUGAUCUGGCAUCCUCGGACAUCUCCACGUCCAGCGGCCUGCUGUUACCCAGCGGCCAGCAAGUCUGCGUGUGUCCGCUCUGCAGCAAAGUCUUCCCGAGUCCACACGUGUUGCAGCUGCACCUCAGCUCGCACUUCCGUGAGAAAGAUGGGGUGCGUUCCAAACUCUCGCCUGAUGGAUCUGUGCCGACGUGCUCACAGUGCGGCAAGACGUUCUCCUGCAUGUACACGCUCAAGCGGCACGAGCGCACGCACUCCGGCGAGAAGCCCUACACGUGCGGCCAAUGCGGAAAGAGCUUCCAGUACUCACACAACUUGAGUCGGCACGCCGUCGUGCACACACGUGAGAAGCCGCACGCGUGCAAGUGGUGCGAACGACGCUUCACACAGUCUGGGGAUCUGUACCGCCACAUCCGAAAGUUUCACUGCGGCCUCGUCAAAACCCUCGCUAUUGGAUAGUGUCACUCAAACACUGUGGUUUCAUUAAACUCGUUGCAAUGAAGUAUUUAUCACGUUCUUUGAUAGAAAAGCAACAGACUUAUUACCAGUAAUAAAAAUAUCCAGUAUUUAGCGGUUGGCUGAACAUUUGUUUUGUAAUACAGAUUUCAGAUGCAGCAAAAGCACUAGAUGUUGACAUCAUAUAUUGACGCUGUGCACUGAUUCACUUAUGAGAGGAAGGUUCAUUUAUGUAAUGCAAUGGAUUAAAUUGGCUGGUCGUCAUCAUGGAAGCGCCUUGAAAACAGUUCCUCAACAAACCGUCCAGAAGAUUUGAUUUUCAACUAAAUUUGACCACCUUCACAGAGAAACUUGAAGUCUUUCUGUAUGUCCUUAAUUUAAUUGUUCUUGAAGUAAAGAGAGGCAGAUAUUAUUUAUUCUGUUAUAAUUCAUUACACAGUGGUUUUAGGGGAAUCCAAUGGUGUGAUAUAUAUUUAUAUAUAUAUAUAUAUAUUAUGUGGAUCUACUGAAGGGUUUUGUCAUUGAAAUAUAUCAGUUCUGCACUUGCCAACAUUAUAAGUGACACUGCCUUUGAAAGCUACUUUCCGCUGUGUCAGUUGUUAUUACGUUUCUUAAUUCUUAAAUGAAGGACUAGUUAAGUUCAUACUACUGUCUGCAGAACACUAAUUCUGCUAGUGGUUCCCUUGUCUGCUCAUAUCAACUGUUUUCACUGGAAUAUGUCUCUGUUUUUCCUCUUUCUUUCUGUAAACAGUGAAUAUGGUUGGUUGACUCAUUUUGCAUUUCAGGGAAACUUUAACAUCAGAAUGGUUUGAACCUCUAAGACUGUUUUGAAGGUGUUUCCUGUGAACAUUAUUUCAUGUUUUCAGUCGAUCCUAGAUGAAGAAAUGUUUAAGCUUGUAUAGUAACGGUCACUAGCACUAAAAAAAAUCCAUGUUAUGCUGUAUGUUUAUCAGACCUGAGAAAACUUGAUUAGAGUUAUUUAUUAGUUAGUUCUUUUUGGUUCAGGGUUUACUGUAGACUUGACAUUUAAAGUAUAGAAAAUACUGUGCUGGUACGUUUUGGCUAAUAUUGGGAUAAUUGAUUAAUUGCUGUACUGUAUGUGGUGACCUGGAUUCAUUGUAUCUCGUGUAGAUAAGCCAUCGUAAAUGAAGUUUGACUUCACUGAUGCUAACAAGCACUUCCUUUGAACGUAGUUUCUAGAGACAACACUGAUAUACUGUAGGCUGCUAUUUCUAACUGGAUAUUUAUAUUAAAUAUGUAUUUUAUUUAUAAGAUUAUUGUCACAUUUUCAUUUGGAAUAUAGUACGACUGAGAUCUCUUGUUAAAGCUGCAUUUCUGCUUAACUGGAGAGUUUGAGUCUUCCCAUUGUAGCUGAAAUUACAAUGCUUUCAUUUUUUAACGAGAUCAGCUAACAGAGUCAAGAGAUACUGUAACUGUUUGUUUAUGAGCAUAAACAUCUGAAUGACACAGUGACUUAUUGUCCGAGCUAUUUCUUCAGGAACCGUCCUAAACUACUGAUGUGCACUCAGAGAAAUCAUUUUAAGAUUUAUGCAUUACAAUUUCAUCUAAUUGAAUAAAGUCAUCUUUAAUCAAAUUAAUUCAACCCAAUAUUUUAAAAGUUUAAUUUUGUGAAACGCAAUUUGAAAAUAGAUUAAAAAUGGGCUAAAAUAUUUUUUCUUUCGUCUGUGCAUGUAAAACUAAGUAUGCAUCAAUAGGUGCAUUGAUUAUCUGUGCUCAACGAUGUGAUUCGUUCGUUCACUCCGCUUGACUGCAUGUUAAUUUCGUUGCACAUUUGUUGAACAAAUCUCAUGAAUUCGUUAUUUUAAACAUUUUACGUUUGUGUAAAAUAUUCUCAUGUCAGUUUUAACACUGGAACAAGAUUUCACGUGCUGUUAAUUUAGAAGAAUUUGAUCAUUGCAGAUGAAUUACUGUGUUUGAGAGAACACGCUGAAAUGUAGGGAGUUUCUUAUUUUAUUUACAUAUUUACAUACUCGAUACAUUAUGACACAUGCUGUUAUUCAACGGCGCAAUAAUUGCACCUGCCUCAAUGAUAUUUACUUUAAGUGAUGGGUCUUUUCAUUCUUAACCAGUCAACAUCUGUAAAAGCCAAUAUAUUAAUGCAAUAAUGAAAAUAAGAACAGAUAAUUACUUGUUGGCCUCUUUGAUUGUGAGGUACAGGAUGCAUCGUGCUCCUUUGUUGUGAGAUUUUCAGUAAUAAUUCUGGAACUGUGCUGCAGAUCUUCACCUUUACUUGUAUUUCUCAAUUCAGUCUGCAAAACUGUAUAUGAAACCUGGAUUAUUGUCUAAAGUUUCAAACUGUGAAGUUGUAUAAUCAGAAGUAAUAUUUAUUGAUUUGUUUCUUGUGCAAAAUGUUACUGUACUAUAUCAGAAUUUCGACUUGUACAAUGAAUGAUACUAAGUUGAGAACUUUUUACUAGACUUUGUAGAAGUGCCAUUAGAUGUAAUAUAAUUUUUUGAUAUAUAUAAAAAAAAAAAACAUAUUUUAUAGGAAAUUGCUUCAUUGUUAGUGAAUGUAGAAGACAAUCUGUUUGAUCUGAACUUGCUUCUUUGGUAAUUUAUUUUGAUUUUCGGGCAUUGUUUGUUUGUUUGUUUGUUUGUUUGCUUUCUUUCUGGGCACGUUUGAACUUUGUGCCCUAUUGUGUGUGCUGUGAAAAUGUGACAAUCUUUUAUCUUUAUUUAGAUUAAGCAUAGAUUAAACAACCUUUUCU